AGAUAAAUCAGCCAAUCAUGCAGGCAAGGAGCAUUUGUGUAAAUAAGAAAAGAUCAAGGGGCAUAGUUGAGAAGAUAUAAAUAACUCACUGUACUCUGUAGGAGGCAAAAGGCAAAGAGAAAAGCGGAAUAAAUAAAUACCAGAAAUUCACCAUCACACACACACACACACAGAGAGAGAGAAAAAGGUGUGGGUCGGUCAAUUUGUAAAGCAGAGGAGUGGUCAGUCAUUGGAAAACCUCCCGUUGUCGGUGUAAUGAGGAAGGACGGAGCGCCGCCCACCGCCGCCGUCAACCCCGUCGCAAAGAUCUUCCUCUGCUUCGAGACCAAGUCCUUCCUCGUCACAUUGCUAGCCCUAACCCUUGUUACUCUGGUUUGGAAUCUCCAGCCCUACUACCAGACCAUCCUCUCCGCCACCUCCCGUUGCUCCGCCGUUGAAUCUCUCCCCAUUAAAUCUGCUAGCAGCAUUGUUGGCGGUGGAGGCGUCGCCCCUCUUACAGAGAAGAAGCUGGUUAGCAGCCCUCCCGCCGACCCUAACAAGCGCAUCUUCCAAUCAUUCGGCAGCGCCGCCGCUCUCUUCGUCCAGAUGGGGGCCUACCGCGGCGGUCCGACCACAUUCGCGGUGGUCGGUCUCGCCUCGAAACCCCUCCACGUUUUCAGCCGCCCGUGGUACAAGUGCGAAUGGAUCCCAAACAACGGCAAUUCCUCAAUUAGGUCAAAGGCCUACAAAAUUCUCCCCGAUUGGGGGUACGGCCGCGUCUACACAGUCGUCGUCGUCAAUUGCACGUUCACGGAGAAUCCCAACGCCGACAACAGCGGCGGCAAGCUGAUGGUGUACGCCUACUACGGCGAGUCCCCGCGCAAGUACGAGAAGUUCACCGCCCUAGAGGAGGCGGCCGGCUCAUACGACGAGUCCAAGUACGCGCCGCCGUAUAAAUACGAGUAUCUCUACUGCGGCUCCUCCCUGUACGGGAACCUGAGCGCCGCCAGGAUGAGGGAGUGGGUGGCGUACCACGCGUGGUUCUUCGGCGCCAGCUCACACUUCGUAUUCCACGACGCCGGCGGGGUGUCGGCGGAGGUGAAGGCGGUGCUGGAGCCGUGGAUAAGAGGUGGGAGGGUGACGCUGCAGGACAUUAGGGCUCAGGCGGAGUUCGACGGGUACUACUACAACCAGUUUCUGGUGGUGAACGAUUGCCUCCACCGGCACCGACAUUCCGCCAACUGGACAUUCUAUUUCGAUGUGGACGAGUAUAUAUACAUCCCCGAUGGAGACUCUCUGGAAUCAGUCCUCCACGACUUCUCCAACAACACGCAGUUCACAAUUGAGCAAAACGCCAUAUCCAGCGUCCUCUGCUUGAACGAUUCAACCCAGGAUUACUCCAGGCAAUGGGGAUUCGAGAAGAUGGUGUUUAGGGAUUCGAGAACGAAGAUAAGGAGAGAUCGGAAAUACGCAAUUCAGGCGAGGAACGCGUACGCGACGGGGGUGCACAUGUCGGAGAAUGUCGUCGGCGGAACAUUACACGACACAGAGUCAAGAAUAAGGUACUACCACUACCACAGCACGAUCACCGUCCACGAGGAGCUAUGCCGGAAUAUGCUUCCGAUGUCGGCCAAGAAGGCCACAACAUACCUCGACAAGAUCCCCUACGUGUACGACGACAAUAUGAAGAAACUCGCACCGACGGUCAAGAAAUUCGAGAGGGACACCAUCGGAGUUGGUUCACAGCGACGGCGGCGCCUCUUACAUUCUUGAAUUAUUAUUAAAAAAAAAAAAAAAAAAAA